AAGUGUAACUAAUUGGACUCACACCUCAUUCUUCGCCUAGCUCGCUACCUUGUCCAUAUCCACAACAGUUGCAGUACCGCACACAAUCUUUCUUUCCAUAUAAAGAACUCCGCCGAUCCCUCUACAAUCUCACUCGCGCGCUUGUAGCUUCUUGUUCAUCCUCCAUGACUACUUACCGUGGAAUGCUCCCCUUCUUCCCUGCAGCCAACCUGCUGCUGCAGCCCCAUGUGGAUGCGGAGGUGGAGAUGGAUCAGGGGAAGAAGAGAGCGGCCGAUGGCAGCCUGGAGGAGACCGGCCUCUCCGACACCGGAUUAAUGGCGGCGGGGGAGAGGAAGAAACGGCUGAGAUUGGAGCAAAUCAUGGUCCUGGAGAAGAGCUUCGAAAUGGGGAGGAAGCUGGAGCCCGAGAGGAAGGCGGAGCUGGCCAGGGCCCUCGGGCUGCCGCCGCGGCAGGUCGCGAUCUGGUUCCAGAACCGGCGGGCGCGCUGGAAGAACAAGCGGACGGAGGAGGAGUUCGACGAGCUCAAGCGGCAGCUCGCGGCCAUCCGAGAGGAGAACGCGGAGCUGGAAGAGGAAAACCAGAGGCUCCUCGCCGAGCUUCUGGCGCUCAAAGGGAAGGAAACCGCCUGCGAGCCCAUCAACCUCAACAAGGAGGCGCAGGACUGCUGCGGCAGGCCGGUCACGGCCCCGGAAUUUCUCUUCCACGGCGCCGCCGGCGGCCGCCGCCCCUCGCACCGCGAAGACGGCGACCUGUGCAGCAUGCUAGACGGGCAGUCCGCCUUCUGGGUAUGGCCGGAGCACAGCAAGUUCCACCCGCACUGAACUUCCACCAUGGACAAACCUAUUAAUUUCAAGGCAUUUGAAAGGUGAACAUUGGAGGAGAAUAUCUACAGAAAAUUCCCUCGUCGUUUGUGAACGAUCAUUCAGUAAGAAACAGUGCAGAGCAUCGCAGGGUAUCUCCAUUUCAGGCAAAGGAAAAAGCAUGUGAGUGCGUGGUUUGAGAGAGACGCAGAGUGAGGACAUGUGGAGGAACAGUGUUCCUAUUGUUCACAUCAGACAUGAUGUCUCCUUGGACAACGAUAUGUGCAUGCAUUCAGUAAUUACAAAAGCUUGAGGCAUCUGUUUGGAUCUCUACCAAAUUUCGUCCGUCUUCGAUUUGUUUUUUUUUUUUUUGAAUGAUUGAGGGGCAUCACUAGUUGUUGUCAUAGCAAGGGUGGCAGGUAUUUAAUUUGUUGUCAAAGUUUGUAAACUCUUGGGCGACUCUUAAUUAUUUGGCUAGGGUUUCUAAAA